UUAGAACUGAUUAGUUUCCAUCACGGGGAAAUCGUUGAUUGAUAUGUAUCCAUCUCAACCGUGCUAGCGCAAAUCACGGGGCCGGCGAUUUUUAAAACGAGCGCCGCGCGCGCUCGCCGCCACCGACGUCAGGCGCUCCACGGGGUUCCGGAGGCGCAUCAAAACGGCGACGUACGGGAUCACCUCCUCCGUAGAAGCCGCCGCCGGAGCGUCGUCCUGUCCGCUCCCGAGUCCCGAGCAACAAACAGAUCGAGUAAGGUUUCUACCAUGGCAAACCUUGAACACACACUGCCUUCAGUGGUCGACGGCCUUAAGCCGGCGCAGAGGAAGGUUUUGUUCUGCUCGUUCAAGAGGAAUCUGGUGAAAGAAACCAAGGUGUCACACUUGGCUGGUUAUGUGGCAGAACACUCAGCGUAUCACCAUGGCGAGCAGAGUCUAGCCAACACAAUCAUAGGAAUGGCUCAAGAUUUUGUCGGCACCAAUAAUAUUAGUCUUUUGGAGCCCCGCGGCCUGUUUGGUACCCGGUGGGUUAGCUUUGUAAUUAAAACCCAAGUACCUUAUAUGCUGUCAAAGAAAAAACGAGUUCUCAUGCUUUCUUUGUGUGUUUACAUUCAUCCAUUUCAUUUCAGGGGGGCAAAGAUGCUGCUAAAGCUCGGCACAUCUACACCAGAUUAGCACCGAUCACCCGUUUAAUUUUUCCAAAGGAUGAUGAUCUUCUUCUCAACUAUCUGAAUGAAGACGGACAGUCCAUUGAACCCAGUUGGUACAUGCCAAUCAUUCCCAUGGUUUUGGUCAAUGGAAGUGAAGGCAUUGGGCCUGGAUCAAAAAAUUAUAUCCCAAGCUAUAAUCCUAGAGACGUUAUUGCUAAUCUGAAAAGGUUGCUAAACGGAGGCACUGUGAUACAAAUGGACCCUUGGUACAAGGGGUUCAAGGGCUCUGUGAAGAAUGCAAGAGCGAAGGCAGCUGGUGUCACGUAUACCAUCACCGGUGUUAUAGAGGAAGUCGAUGGCACCAAGCUUAAAAUUACUGAGCUUCCCAUCCGCAGUUGGACUGUCGAUUACAAAGAAUUUCUUGAAUCCAUGUGUCCUCAAAGUGAACAGGAAAAUGGCAAUGAGAAGAACAAAGGCAAGGGCAAGGUCAAGGUCAAAGAACCACCGUUUCUAGUGAAAAUUAGAUCACAAUGUGAUCAUGCGAAUGUGGAGUUUGAGGUGAUCAUGAGUGAGCAAAACAUGAAUAUUGCUAAGAAAAAAGGCUUUGAGAGCAAAUUCAAGCUGACAGCCACAAUAAAAACAACAAACGUGAACUUGUUUGACUCAGAUGGUAGAAUUCGAACAUAUGGCACCCCAGAGGACAUACUUAAAGAGUUCUUCCAACUGAGGCUCGAAUUCUACGCCAGAAGAAAGGCAAUAAUGUUGCAAAAUAUAGGGAACGAGAUAUUGAAGCUUAAGAACAAAGUGAGGUUUAUCCUUGCUGUUAUUUCCGAGGACAUCAUAGUCAAUAACAGGAAGACGGCCGAGCUUUACCUGGAGCUUAAGCAGAAGGGGUAUGAACCUUUCCCAGAGAAUCUGUUUACGUCCGAGCCGGUUCCCGCAGGAAGUACAGAAGAAGUAGAUGAAGAAAAUGAAGAGAAUCCUGUUGAAGGUGCAGCAGGAGUUACUGCGAGUGAUUAUGAGUAUCUUCUCGCAGUCGCAAUUUUUACCUUUACUGAGGAGAAGGCACAGGAGCUCAUCACACAAAUGAAUAAAUUAGAGGCCGAAUCUGAAAGCCUGGGCAAAGCAACUGCAGAAAUUCUUUGGCUGGGAGAACUUGAUGCCCUUGAAAAGGAACUGGACGUGCUUGAUGGAAAUUCUGAAGUUUUAGAGGAGGAAACAACCCGUAGGCCGGGAAAAAACUCCAAAGGCGAGAAGGCUUAUAAUCCUGACUUGUCUCGAGAACAUAGUGGAUGUCCUGCUGCCGAGAAGCCAAAGACUGCCAUCAGGAAGAGGGCGCCUGCUCGGAGCAAAGAUAUAUUCAAGCCUACCGGCGACAGCAAUUCCAGUGCUCCUUCUCCUGAGAAGAAGGUGCGAAAGCUGAGGAUCUCCCUCUUCAACAAAAAGAGCGGCUCGGUUUCGCAGAGAGUCGCGAGCACUUCAACAGGAGUAGAAGAUGCCGAGGCUCCUCCCUCGGGCAGCCUUGCUCAGCCAGUUACACUGAGAAGGACGGCAAGGGAGGGGAAGGCGAAAGCAAUCUGCAUCGAUUCCGAGAGUGACGAUAGUGUCUAGUUUAUGAGACGUUUUUUUUUUUGCCAAUCUGAUGCAUUGGUGCUUGGCUGCUUGCUCAGGUUCAUAUCUUAUGCGCGUUCUGUGUUAUGUUAGGCUGCCCAGACAUUCAUCAGUGAGACAAUCUUUCUGAGACUUGUCCUUUCAGAAUCUGGUAUCACCAUUUCUGUCUCUCAAAUCAAUCCACUUGUGACAUUUGA